AUGUCUAUGAGCUCUCAGGAUUGCGGCCAAGUCCGCGAGGGAUUCCCUCGUCCUUUCCCUGACACGCCUACCAAUGUUUUCGAGCAACUCAGCUUGAAGGGCAAGGUGGUAGUCGUCAAUGGUGCAGCGGAUGGGAUCGGUCUGGCCGUUGCUGAGGCUAUGGCAGAGGCUGGCGCUGAUGUCGCCUUUUGGUACAAUUCGAAUGAUGCUGCCAUUAAAAAGGCACAAGAGCUGGCGACUUCCCACAGCAUCAAAACUCAGGCAUACAAGGUCGAUGUCUCGAAUGCCGAUUCUGUGCAGAAGAAUAUCACUCAAGUCGUGAAGGCCUUUGGAAAAAUUGACGUCUUCGUCGCUAAUGCUGGAAUGGCAAUCUCAAAGCCCAUUCUGGAGCAAACCCUGGAAGAAUAUCACAAGCAGAUGACGGUCAAUGUCGACGGCAUCGUCUACUGCUCUAAGUUCGUGGGUGAGGUUUUCAAACGCCAGGGCUUCGGAAAUCUCAUCCUCACAUCCAGCAUGAGUGCUAAAAUUGUCAACGUCCCCGUUGAUCAACCUGUUUACAAUGCCACCAAGGCCUUUGUUACCCACUUUGGAAAAUCCCUUGCUCGCGAAUGGAGGGAAUUUGCACGUGUGAACAUUGUCUCUCCCGGAUUCUUUGAUACCAAGAUGGGUGCUAGUCCUGGUUGCAUUAAUGAAGCAUACCGCAUGUCGUCUCUGGGGCGACAAGGUCAUACGAAGGAAAUCAAGGGCUUGUACCUCUAUUUGGCAAGUGAUGCGUCUACCUAUAUGACUGGCAGUGACGUGCUUAUUGAUGGGGGGUAUGUUUUGCCUUGA